AGUAAAAGUGACAUUGAAAUGGAGAUUAGAAUAAAAUCAAAGUUCAAGCUUGCUCUUUUUUGACAUCAUUUCAAAUCAAAUUAAUAUCAAGAAACCCAUCAUUCAUCCCCCCUCCAUCUCCAUCUCCAUCUCCAUCUCCAUUCUGCUAUUCUUGCUAAAUUUAAAUGUAAACCACAUUCCUAGCUGUAAAGAUUCUAUCGAAAAGGGUUUUCAGUCAAGCAAAAAAUUGAUGCUGAGAAGAAGUAAAUUUAUAAUGUCAAGGCGUACACAGGGACUAAUGUAUCGUUGAAAUUUAGAGCAAAAGAGUGUAUAUAUAGUUAAAAAGAAGUGGAAAUAUUAAAGAAAAAGUGAUAAUGCCAAGGCAUAGUUAUAGGGGUUUGAUGGAAGGGCUGAUGGAGUCAACUAAGACCCGGAAAAGGGAAUGCUCAUCACCCUCGUCAUCUUCAUCAAGAAUUCACAAUUACAGAUUGAAUAAGCGUGCCAUUUUGGUGGGCAAGAAUCGGGUUGGGCUUGGGAUCGGGUUGGGAGGAUCCAGAUCCAGUACUCCUGUGCCCACGUGGAGAACUACUCCAUUGAGGAGCAACAUUGAGUCUCCUAGGUAUUCACAAAGUGGGAAAUCCACUCAACCAGUGUCGGCCCGCAAACUUGCAGCCACACUGUGGGGAAUGAAUGAGAUGCCUUCGCCCAAAAUGAGUGAGAGUAAUUUGGAGUUAAUGCAGCAGCAGAGGAAGAAUAGCAGCAGUAAAAUGAUGCUUAAGCGGGAGAAAAUGCGGUCUGGAUCGGGUUUGCACUCGGGUUCAGGUUCUUUGCCGCCACAUUUGUCUGAUCCAUCUCAUAGCCCAGCUAUUUCCGAGAGAAUGGAUCGUUCUGGUAAGGGUCAUCAAAGGAGGACGCCAUCAAUUGUCCAGAGGCUUAGGUCUUCAGACGAAAAUGCUGGAGCUUUUGAUUCACUAAGCAACGGUAGUUUUAUGGAGAUUGAGACUAGGUCUCGAGCCCAGACUCCAAGCGGAUCAAUAAGUGGUACUAGGAAUCGUCUUAAGGAUAUUAGCAAUGCUUUGACCACAUCCAAAGAGCUAUUAAAAAUUAUAAACCGUAUUUGGGCUCGUGCAGAUCAACCUUCAUCUAGCAUGUCUCUUAUCUCAGCGCUUCAUGCUGAGCUCGAGAGAGCUCGUCUACAGGUUAAUCAGCUUAUCCAAGAACAACUUUCUGACAUAAAUGAUAUUAACCAUCUCAUGAAGUGUUUUGCCGAAGAAAAGGCUGCAUGGAAAAGUAAAGAACAGCAAGCCGUUGAGUCUGCUAUUGAGUCUAUUGCUGGUGAACUAGAUGUAGAACGGAAGCUAAGGCGUCGAUUUGAAAACUUGAACAAGAAACUCGGAAAAGAACUAGCAGAAAUGAAAUCGUCAUUCAUGAAAGCCGUUAAGGAAUUGGAAACUGAAAAGAGAGCAAGAGAAUUUACAGAACAGGUUUGUGAUGAAUUAGCUCAGAAUGUUGAUGAUGAUAGGGUUGAAGUGGAAAAGCUGAAAAGAGAGUCUACAAAAGUUCACAAAGAUGUCGGGAAGGAAAGAGAGAUGCUACGAUUAGCUGAUGACUUGUGUGAGGAGAGAGCCCAGGUGAAAAUGUCUGAAUCUAAACAUCAAUUUGAAGGGAAAAAUUCUGCCAUUAACAAGUUGAGGAAACAACUGGAAGCUUUCCUUGGAUCAAAAAGAGGCAAAGAUGAAGAAAAAGCGGCAUAUUUGAGCAAGUCUCACUUUGGUUUGCGUCAGAACGAAGAACGAGAUGAUGGAGAAGUCGAUGAUGCCAUAGAUGACGAAGAAGAUUUUGCAGAGAGUGAUCUUCAUUCAAUUGAACUGAACAUGGAUAACUGUAAUGGAAUUUACAAAAAGAGUUACAACUCCAUUGCUGGCCCUAGAAGGUUACCCAUAGAUGAUGAAAUUAAAGGGAGGAACUCCAUCUCUGGGCAGGUUUCUAGGAAAAGCACUUCUAUUCUAAGGAGCAUAUCAGAUGGAGUUGAAUGGGGUAAUGAAGGUGCAACUAGUCAAAAUUUAAGAGAUGGGUUGGAUAGGGAGAGAUUUCACGAACUCGAGAAGGGAGCACCAAGAAGAAGUUAUGUCGAUGAAACUCAAAGAUACAAAUCUGUAAAAGGUCUCAAUGAUCAUGCAUUAUCUAGCUCUAGGUUAGGGCCAGUCCGAGAAUAUCCGAGUCCCACUCGGCAAAGGGAGCAACGAUGGCCUCUACGAGAUGGUUCCAGUACCAUUCAGGAAAGAUUGAGUAUCGUUCCUGGUAAUGGUUCAAAGUCAAGGCUUGCAGAUGUCAGAGGGGAAGGCCAGAAUGCCAGAAGAUCGAAGUGGUGAGUUUUCUCGUACUCUUGGGGACUACCUGAUGGUGACACAGCUGAAAAUCGAGCACUCACUCCAGCAAGCAGUACAAGGUGAGGCAGGGGAAGCCCGGCUUCAAGAAACAUUAAGAAGUUAACAUCUUGUUGAUUUAUGAUUUUACUUUCGGAAACUCCAGUAGUAGUGCUCCGAGUAGCUAGAAAUUUGCUUGAAAACUAUAAUUAUUGUUGAUUUUUUAGCUAAAGUUUGUUUAAAAUCAGUUUUAUAGAAAGUUGUGUUUCAGUGAGUGAGAUUUUUCUUGUACAAAUGCAUAUGGCAGAACUGAGUUAACCAUGCUGCAAUCAUCACAUUCUGUUUUUGCUUU